AUGGAGACCGAUCUUCCGCGAUCUUCCGCGAUGGAGACCGAUCUUCAGUCUCGUCACCGUUCUUCCUCGCCGAUGUCAGAGCAAGUUCAAUGUCCAUAUGAUGAAGAAGAGAAUGUAGCAGUUUUUGAUAAUGAGAUUGAGACUGAAGGAGGGGCUGACAAUGAGAUUGAGAUUGAAGUAGGGGCUGACAAUGAAUGCACAUCAGAGGGCAAUGAGAUGGUGCCUACAGUAGGGAUGAAAUUUAAUGACCACAACGAGAUUUAUGAAUUUUACAAAACAUAUGCUUAUACUGUGGGUUUUCCUGUCAGAAAAAGGAAUUCAAAAAAGGGUGAUGAUGGGUUGUUAAAAUAUGUGACAUAUGCUUGUAGUCGAGAAGGUCAGAGAAGCAGUGAAACAAGUAGCUCUUUGAAGCCUACACCAACCAUUAAAAUAGGGUGUUUAGCUAGGAUUACAGCUGCGUCAGAUGUGACAGGAAUAUGGAAAAUUACUAGGGUAAUCUUGGAGCAUAAUCACAAAACAAGUCCAUCAAAAUCUAGGUUGUAUCGAUGUAAUCGACAAUUGAGUGAACAAGUGAAACGAAAGCUUGAAGUAAACGACCUAGCUGGUAUUCCAAUGCACAAAAGUUACAACUCAGCUGUCGUUGAAGCAGGUGGUUACGAGAAUCUAUCAUUUGUUGAGCAGGACUGUAGAAACUAUAUUGAUAGAGUUAGGCGAUUAAGACUUGGGGAGGGAGAUGCAGCUGCAAUACAAGCCUACUUUGCAAAAAUGCAAUCACAGUGUCCUGGUUUUUACUAUAGUUUGGAUUUGGACGAUGAGUCCCGAUUGAAGAAUGUGUUUUGGGCUGAUAAUAGGUGUCGGGAGGCAUAUAAAGAAUUUGGUGAUAUUGUCACAUUCGAUACCACAUACUUGACGAAUAAGUAUGACAUGCCAUUUGCCCCUUUUGUUGGUGUGAAUCAUCACGGGCAAUCGACGUUAUUUGGAUGUGGUUUAGUAUCUAGUGAGGAUACCGAGACAUUUGUUUGGUUGUUUAUGACUUGGCUUCAGUGCAUGGAGGGUCAGGCACCUAUUGGUAUAAUUACUGAUCAGGAUAGGGCUAUGCAAAAUGCCAUUCAAAUUGUUUUUCCGAACACAAGACAUAGAUGGUGUUUGUGGCACAUACUUAAGAAGUUGCCUGAAAAAUUUGGGGGCCACCCUUAUAAGGGUUCAAUACUCUCGACCGUGCACGAAGUGGUCUAUGAGUCGCAAAGUCCGGAAGAAUUUGAACGGGGUUGGCAUUCAUUGAUUGAUAUGUACACAUUGCACAACAAUGAUUGGUUGUCCGGGCUUUUCAGAGAAAGAGGUCGGUGGGUACCUUGUUUUUUGAGAACAAGUUUCUGGGCUGGGAUGUCAACAACGCAACGGAGUGAGAGUAUGAAUGCAUUUUUUGAUGGAUAUGUCAACUCAAAAACCUCGUUGAAGCUAUUCGUUGAACAAUAUGAGCGGGCCUUGAGGAGCAAAGUUGAAAAGGAAUUCCAGGCAGAUUUUAAGUCAUUUUCACAGAUGGUACCGUGUGCAACUAAGUAUUGUAUAGAGAAACAGUUCCAAGAGGUUUACACAAUCUCCAAAUUUAAAGAAUUUCAAGAAGAGCUAACUGGAAAAGUGUAUUGUGAUAUUAUCUCUACCGAGCUGACUUGUCUUGGAACUAGGUAUGAAGUCCAAGAAGAUAUAAUAUUUAACGCAACAACAAAGAGGAAGACUUUUACGGUGAUGUUUGAGGGAGAGAUUGGUCGCAUUGUUUGUAGCUGUCACUUGUUCGAGUUUCGAGGAAUACUUUGCAGACAUGUUAUUUCUGUAUUAAUUCGAAACAAUGUCAAAAUGAUUCCUGAGAGUUAUAUCUUGAGGAGAUGGAGGAAAGAUGUGUGUAGAGCAUACACAAGGGUCAAGAUCAAUUACAGUGGUUGGGUUAGCACUCCUGAGCAGGUAAAAUAUGAUAAAUUGCAAAGUUUAUUUGCCAAGGUUGCAAAUUUAGUAGUGGAUGAUGAGGAACGAACCCGCGAGGUAAUGGAGUUUCUUGAAAAUCAAAUGAACAAUACGAGCAUAUCGAGACGAAGCAUAAGUUCUGACAAUAAUAUCCUUUCCCAAGGCAGUGUUCAAAUCGCAUUUGAUUGUGGCGAAGUUGCAAGGACAUCAUCUAAUCCCAUUUUGGAUCCGCAUUGCGCAAAAACAAAGGGAGCUCCUAGAAAACUUCGUCAAAAGGGCCCAUUGGAAACGAAUACCAUUAAACGGAAAGCGAGCAAAGGAAAGCGGUCAAUGGAAAAUAAUACACAACCAGCACAAGCCGUGGGGCCGAAUUAUCAACCUUGGAAUGCAGCGUAUGGAGUGAAUUGGGUUCCGGCUUAUACAAUGGGUCAACCAUUUAUGCCAUCUUAUUUGCCACCUCGACGACCCCAGGAAGACGAGGUGGGCAUAGAGCUGAUGAACCCUGAUUUGCUCAAAGAGAGGCUGCCUUGA